AUGAGGGAUCCCUGGCAGCCGCCUCGGCCCCGCUCGCUGCUGCUGCUGCUGCUGCUCCUCCCCACGCUCCAGGUGCAGGGGACUCAUCCCGACUGCUCCAUCGUCCUGCACUUCCAGGAGCUGGAGAAGGAAUGUCUGCAGAGGAUCCGGAGUGAGAGCCAUGGCCCGGGGCAAGCAGGACAGGGCUGCCCGACCGAGUGGGACGGGGUCAGCUGCUGGCCCGCCCUGCCCCUUGGCCAGUCCCGAGGUGUCGCCUGUCCCGAGAUCCUGAGCGUCUUCAAGAAGUCCAAAGGGCUGAUCCAGAGGAACUGCACCGAGUGGGGCUGGAGCCCCCCCAGCCCCCCCUACCACAGCGCCUGCCAGCUGGAGACCCCUGGCAGCAACAAUGACACUGAGGCCAAGAGAGGCCACUUUGUCACCAUGAAGGUGCUCUACACCUGUGGCUACUCCACAUCGCUGGCAGCGCUGCUCCUGGCCAUUGGCAUCUUCUGCUGUUUCAGGAAGCUGCACUGCACCAGGAAUUCCAUCCACAUCCACUUCUUCACCUCCUUCAUCCUGCGGGGCACAGCCGUGUUCAUCAAGGACCGCGUGCUCUUCUCGGACGAGUCCCUCGACCACUGCACAAUGGCCACAGUGACCUGCAAGGCAGCCAUCACCUUCUUCCAUUACUCAGUGCUGGCCAACUUCUACUGGCUGCUGGUGGAGGGGCUGUACCUGCAGACGCUGCUGCUGCUCACCUUCACCUGCGACAGGAGCUACACCUGGGGCUACGUCCUCAUGGGCUGGGGUGUCCCCAUGGUUACAGUCGGGGUGUGGGUGCUCACCAGGCUCCAGUACGACAACCACGGGUGCUGGGAUGACUACUCCAGUGUGUACUGGUGGGUGAUCAAAGCUCCCAUCCUCCUGGCCAUAUUUGUGAACUUCCUUAUCUUCCUCAACGUCACCAGGAUGCUGGCACAGAAGAUCCGGUGCCCGGACCUCAGCAGAACCCACAAGCAGCAGUACAUGAGGCUGACCAAGUCCACGCUGCUGCUCAUCCCCCUCUUCGGGGUGCACUACGUGGUGUUCGCGCUCUUCCCCGAGCAUGUGGGCGUGGAUGCCCGGCUCUACUUCGAGCUGGUGCUCGGCUCCUACCAGGGCUUCCUGGUGGCUCUGCUCUACUGUUUCCUCAACGGGGAGGUCCAGGCUGAGAUCAGAAGGAACUGGGGCACGUGGCAAAGGUCCAUGGAGAGCAACGUCUUCAACCUGGCCACCCAGGACUUCACGGCGUGAGCAGAACAGCACUCCUGGAGAGGGGCUGUUGGAGGACCAGCUCCAUGACUGCGGCCCCAGAAUGACCCAACCCCCUGAUUUUGGAAGUUCUGGGUCUGACACCCUCAGAGGGUGUUGGGAACAGCUAUGGGAGAGGCUCUGCUUGCUCCAUGCCAGUGGAUCUUGCACCCUGUGGUAGCACCUCACCCCUGGAGCUCUCACUGCUUCAGGACCAAGUUUCUGGCAAAGGGGAGGGAAAUUCUCCACUUUUCUGCCUGAAACUGGGAAGGAAACACAGAAAUCCUUCACCGAAGGACAGCUGCUGGGUUUUAUUUGCACUGAAGGAAAAGGAGCAGCACCAAUACUGAAGGGAUUCAAGAUGGAUGUUUUCCCCUUUCCUUGGUUUACAAAAUCAUUUCCCUUCUAGAAAGAUUCCUAAACACAGCCAGGAGCCCCCCUGGGGAUGGGGGAAGGAUACAGAGAGAGGCCAAACCCCAAACCUCUACAAGAGACCCCCAAUGGUCUCCAGACCCAGUUCCUCCCCAGUUCCCAAAAUGCUUCCCUUUCCUGUGUGGGUUGAUUGAACUGGGGAUGCUCCCUUGCCAUGGGAACUCUCCCAGCCCUUUGCUCUGAGGAAUGGCAUCCCUGGGGGGUCCUUUCCCAGGGAUAAGAAGGGUUUUGCCAAUAAAA